AUGACAUCCAAAAUUCAACCUUGUGAUGCUGGGAUAAUAAGAGUUGUCAAGGUAUAUUAUCAUAACAAAUUUUAUCGUAGGAUAUUAGAAGGCUAUGAAGUGGGACAAACUGAUCCAGCAAAGAUUAAUGUUUUGGAUGCUAUCAAUUUUGCAAUCCCUGCUUGGACAACAAAUGUUCAGCAAGAGACAAUAGCAAAUUGUUUUCGACACUGUAAAAUUCGUUUGGGGGAUGCAAUCUUAGAGAAUUUGAAUGAAGCCACUUGUGAAAACAUCAUUCAUGAACUUGAGGUCAUGAUUGAUGAUCUCGGUUACCACAAUAAAAUGGAUGUCAAUAACUUGUUGGAUUAUCCGGGUGAAAGUGAUACAUGUUCAGAAGUCCAGAGCUUGAAAGAAAUUGUGGAUACUAUCAGAAAAAACAAUGUUGAUGAUAAAGUCGAAGAUGAUAGUAUACCUUUGGAAGCAGUUACGCUUUCUGGACGUAUAAGUUCUUGA